CAGCUGGAGCAGCACGUCCAGCGGCUGCGGCAGGAGCUGGACCGGGAACGGGAGGAACGCAACUAUUUCCAGCUGGAGCGGGACAAGAUCCACAGCUUCUGGGAGAUCACCCGCCGGCAGCUGGAGGAGAAGAGAGCGGAGCUGCGCAGCAAGGACCGCGAGAUGGAGGAGGCGGAGGAGCGGCACCAAGUAGAGAUCCAGGUUUACAAGCAGAAGGUGAAGCACUUGCUGUACGAGCACCAGGAGAACAUCACGGAGCUGCGGGCGGAGGGCACGCUGUCCCUGAAGCGGGCGCAGAAGGAUCACUGGGAGCAGGAGACGGAGCUGCGGAAGGACGUGCGCUGCCUGAGAGUGGGGCUGAAGGAGCAGGAGCUGACCCACCACGCGGAGCUGAAAAACCUGCGGCUGAAACAAGAAGAGGAGAUCGCCCGGCUGCGCACCGACUUUGAGAAACAAGCAAAAGAGAUGCAGACCAGCUACGCGCGGAAGAUGCAGGCGCUGCGGGAGCAACUGGACCUGCGGAGGAAGACGGAGGUGCACGAGGUGGAGGAGAGGAAGAACGCCCAGAUCGAGGACCUCAUGCGCAACCAUGAGAGAGCCUUCGGUGACAUGAAGAACUACUACAACGACAUCACCCAGAAAAACCUGGCACUCAUCAGCAUGCUGAAGGAGCAGAUAGAGGAGAUGAAGAAGAGGGAGCAGCAGCUGGAGAAGGAGAAGGCGGAGGUGCUGCUGCGCAACAAGCAGCUGACGGAGCCGCUGCAGCAGGCGCAGGAGCGGGUGGCGGAGCUGCAGAAGAAGCUGGCUCACUAUGACAAGGACAAGGAGGCUCUGACG